GCGUCAGUGCGUCAGUCGCAGAGACGCUGAAGGAGAAGAGGAUGGAUUCUGGCUCUGUGAAGGAGGUGUGUGUGAGUCUGAAGCAGGAGAAGGAGGCACUGCUGCUGCCUGAUGGAGUGAACAGGGUGAUUGUGAUGGAGAGCCCAGCGCCGGCCAGCGAGGUCAGAGAGGUGGCUCAGCCGUCUGCCAUCUCGCGGCCCUACCUCCAUGAGAACCUGCAGUGCUACCAGUGCUUCAUCACCUUCUGCAACUCGAAGGCGAAGGAGCGGCACAUGAAGAAGAGCCACCGUGAGGAGUACAAGCAGCAGCUGCAGAGCGGCGACACGCUGUUCACCUGCUACGUGUGCGAGCGCACCUUCCCCUCCUCGCAGGAGCUCACCCAGCACCAGGGCAGCCACACCAAGGAGGACAAGCCCUUCAAGUGCGCCUGCUGCCAGCAGAGCUUUCGCACCUUCUCCGAGGUCACGGCUCACCGCCGCUCCGUCUGCCGUGAGAAGCCCUGCAUCUGCCCCGACUGCGGCCACAGCUGCAGGACCCCGGCGCUGCUCCGGGCUCACCGGCAGAGCCACCAAGGAGGGGAGAGCGAGGCGGAGAAGACCCACAGGUGCGGGAAGUGCGAGGCUCUGUUUGAAAGCGAGGUGGACUUGAUCGUGCACCAGGAGAAGCACGCCGGGCAGAGCAGGUGUAAUGGAAACGCCGCCAGCAACGCCAACCCCAAGAAAAAGAGAGGCAGGCCGCCCAAGACGAGCAGGGAGAGCGAGGAGGAGGACGAGGAGGAGGAGGAGGAGGGGAAAAGCAAGGCAGGAGGGGGAGGGAGCAAAACUCCCAAACGCGCCAAGAAACAGCCGGCCCCCAUCCCCGCCCCUGAAGGGGAGCAGAACGACGGUGAAGGAGGAGGAGGAGAUGACGAUCAUCCUGAUAAUUCCGAAGACGCCUCCGAGCCCAAGAGCGGUCGCAGGGGCCGGCCGGCCAAGGGCAAGGAGAAGGGGAAGGAUCCGGCCCCCUCCGUGUGCCAGGAGUGUGGGAAGAGCUUCGCCACACCGGCGCUGCUGAAGACGCACCAGCGGCUGCACCGGGAGAGGAAGGCUCACCCCUGCGCGGACUGCGACGAGAGCUUUGGCAAGCCCGAGCAGCUCGCCGCCCACCAGCAGAGGGCGCACUCCGGGGGGAGGCAUACCUGCGCAGAGUGCGGCAAGAGCUUCAGCAGGGAAGGGAACCUGAUUAAAACACACCAGCAAACUCACACAGGAGAGAAACCGUAUCGCUGCUCUGACUGUGGGACGAGUUUCAGUCACUCAGUAGCCCUGAAAACACACCAGCGAACUCACACAGGAGAGAAACCGUAUCGCUGCUCUGACUGUGGGACGAGUUUCAGUCACUCAGUAGCCCUGAAAACACACCAGCGAACUCACACAGGAGAGAAACCGUAUCGCUGCUCUGACUGUGGGAAGAGUUUCAGUCAGUCAAAUAACCUUGUUUCACACCAGCGAACUCACACAGGAGAGAGACCGUAUCGAUGCUCUGAUUGUGGGAAGAGUUUCAGUCAGUCAAAUAACCUUGUUUCACACCAGCGAUCUCACACAGGAGAGAAACCGUAUCGAUGCUCUGACUGUGGGACGAGUUUCAGUUGGUCAAAUAGCCUUGUUCUCCACCAGCGAACUCACACAGGAGAGAAACCGUAUCGAUGCUCUGACUGUGGGAAGAGUUUCAGUCAGUCAAGUAACCUUGUUUCACACCAGCGAACUCACAGAGGAGAGAAACCAUAUUGCUGCUCUGACUGUGGGAAGAGUUUCAGUCACACAGUAGCCCUGAAAGCACACCAGCGAACUCACACAGGAGAGAAACCAUAUUGCUGCUCUGACUGUGGGAAGAGUUUCAGUCACUCGGUAUCCCUGAAAGCACACCAGCGAACUCACACAGGAGAGAAACCGUAUCACUGCUCUGACUGUGGGAAGAGUUUCAGUCGGUCAGGACACCUUGUUGCACACCAGCGAACUCACACAGGAGAGAAACCAUAUCGCUGCUCUGACUGUGGGAAGAGUUUCAGUCGGUCAGGACACCUUGUUUCACACCAACGAACCCACACAGGAGAGAAACCGUAUCGCUGCUCUGACUGUGGGAAGAGUUUCAGUCACUCAGUAGCCCUGAAAACACACCAGCGAACUCACACAGGAGAGAAACCAUAUCGCUGCUCUGACUGUGGGAAGAGUUUCAGUUGGUCAAAUAGCCUUGUUUCACACCAGCGAACUCACACAGGAGAGAAACCUUAUCGCUGCUCUGACUGUGGGACGAGUUUCAGUCACUUAAUAUCCCUGAAAGCACACCAGCGAACUCACACAGGAGAGAAACCGUAUCACUGCUCUGACUGUGGGAAGAGUUUCAGUUGGUCAAAUAGCCUUGUUUCACACCAGCGAACUCACACAGGAGAGAAACCGUAUCGCUGCUCUGACUGUGGGAAGAGUUUCACUCAGUCAAAUAGCCUUGUUUCACACCAGCGAACUCACACAGGAGAGAAACCUUAAAGGCUAUUCGAUGGGACUUGCCACUCAUGAGGAAAAAAACGUUACCCUUGCAUUAUGAAUCCUUGUGUGUGCUAUAAGU